UUUCUUUUAUGCGUUCGUUCUCUCUACUUGGCUAUAUUUGUCCCAUACUUCUGAGUGCGAAGCUGAAAGAAUCGCCACCUUCUACUACUAAAGUCCUAUACAUCAACAUUUCCCUAAAACCUUCACUGCCUUAACUUAUGGCAAGCCUCGUUCGGAACGCAAAACAUUACUUGGAAAUCUCCAGUCAACUCCGUAAUCACCACGUCCUCGUCUACCACGGAUCCGUAUACAUGGGACUUGCCUGCUGUUUUAUCCGAAAUAAGAACGUGGCUUCACGCGGGGCUUACCACGGUUUGAAGCAUCUAACCCCACAAUGUGCCCAAAUACCUCUACAGCAUCCACCGGUCCUAGUCCCACAGACACCAAGGUAGCACUUCAACCCCGAGUAUAAAAGGCCACCCAUACAGCCGCCAUUCAAAACUUCCACGAGACUCCUCUCCUCUCAUUACCAACCACCAAGACACCACCCUACGUACAACACAGCCAACACCACUCAAAAUGGCACUCUGUUUCACCGCCAUCGUCUUUUACCUAGCCAUCACCGGAACGGGGGCCGCCAACAUCGUCACGAUCGCAGCGCGCGCCGCAGAACGCCCCACCAUGGGGUACGCGACGUAUCCGACAGGCGGACUGCAGGACACCACGAUGACAACGAAGACGCGCUUGCGCCCAAGCACGACGGCGCACAGCCUUUCCCCCUCCAUGCCGUUCUCGACCUCCGUGACGGACGCGGCGCGCGCGGCCACGAUCCUGACGCUGUACGAUCCGCCCACGCCCGUCACGCCCGUCACGCCCAGCCCCAUCAUCGUGUACACGACGGAGUUUGCGACCGCCACCGCCACGCCCGUUGUCGAGGUCGUGACUGUCACGUCCACGCCUUUGGUCACGGCCCAGCCUGAGCCCGUCACCGUCUACCAGGAGCGGAUCACCGAGACGGUCAGUGUCACCGCGACUGUUACUGCGACUCCCUCCUCCUCCUCCUCCUCCUCCUCCUCUGAGGCCCCCGCCUGUGCUGCGGCCCCCUCCUCCGCUCCUGCUCCGCUUUCGGGCAGCCCCGAUUUGAACAAGACGUUCACGGCCUAGGUCCGCUCAUGUGCAGCCUCACAGGGCCUACCGUUCUAGCUCUCACUCCGUCCCGGCUACCACGAUAGCUGCGCGGUUAGGUGUAUCUUCGAUUACUUGAUGGGCUGCGUCCUUCGAUUUCGGAGCUACUGCUCCUACUGCGCCUGCUGUUGUGUUUGUAAUCGUUACUGCGAUCUUGAUUACCCUGAU